UUAAUAUAAUUAAUAUAAAAACAUGGAUGAGCUAGUGGUCGGAACCUACGAAGGAUUUUUACUUGGAUAUUCAGUCUACUCUGAAGAUAUUGGUAAAAAAUUAAAGCAGACCUUCGCCACACAUUCACAUACAGCCGCAGUGAGAUGUAUUUCAACUGGAGGCAAGUUUUUGGCGUCGGGAGGUACUGACGACAAAGUGGUGGUGAUCGACUUGAAGACUCGUAAAGAGCACACGGUGCUUAUGAAUCAUGAUGGAACUGUUAACGCAGUAGCUUUUACUAAUAGCGGCACUCACCUCCUCACGGGCAGCGACGAUGGUGCCAUCAUAGUGACUAGGACAGGGAAUUGGCAAAUGGAGAAAAAAUGGAAGAAGGCACAUGGAGGUGAACCAGUGACAGCCAUUGCAGUACAUCCUUCUGACAAAUUAGCCUUGAGUAUUGGAGGUGACAAAACCCUCAGAACAUGGAACCUAGUCAAGGGCCGACCUGCCUUCACUAUAAACCUUGUAAGCAAAGGUGUUGUCAUGCCAACAGAAACCAUGUUUUCCCCAGGAGGUGACCGAUUCUCCUUGGUGUCCCAACAAACUGUUGAUGUAUGGACAAUAAGCAAAGCAGGAGUAGAGAAGAGAGUCACAUGCAAUUCUAAACCAACAGCAGUACAGUGGACUAAUAAUGAGAGAUUAUUUGUUGGUCUAGAAAAUGGGAACAUCAUAACUUUGACUGUCACCGACACUGAAGCUCUCACAUACAAGGCUCAUAAGCAAAGAGUAAAAUGUUUGCAUUAUGAAAAUGAAAUGCUAUAUUCAGCAUCAAGUUCUGGGGAAUUAAAAGUGUGGUCAGUCACAGACUCCAAAUUGAAUGAAAUAUGUUCAAGUUCUGCAGGCUGCAGAGUAACAUGUAUGACUUUAAAUAGGCAAAAUCAUCUGGUAAAGAAAGAAGAUGCAUCAGAUGAUGAAAAUGAGUCUGAAGGAAAAGAAGACAUUGUAGAAGAAGAUAAUGUAGAAGCAAAUAGUGAUGAAGAAUCUGAUGAAGACAAAGUUGUAGAGACAGCUCCUAAGAGGAAACCUGGAGGAUUUGUUACAAUAAGUUAUGGUGAAGAAGACAAUAAUGAAGAAAGUUCACCUCCACCCAAAAAGAAGUUCAAGAAAAGGAAAAGAAGUAAGAAGCAGAAACAGAAAAAUAAAGACCAAUAGGUGAAU